UACACAUUCCAAUUGUAAACACUUGUGAAGCAAAUUUAUUCGAUUUCAAAAAGUCAAAAGAUACAAUAUAAUAAACGUACAAAAUCAAAAUGGUAAUAAUAAGUACCGAAAAUUACGAAAAAAUUGUUGAAUUUUGUUCAAAAUUCAAAGGUUUAACAAUACAUUGUGAACGACAGUUGCAUAAAAAGUUUUCCGACAUUGAUUCACAAGUUUUGUCAGCGAUACUGUCAAAAGAAUGGCAAAAACACAUCAAACAACGGCAUCACAUUAUUUUAAAAUCCAGUCGAAUUUAUUUACAAGAGUACAAAGCACAAGCCCGAUUGAAAGGUGAUCCAUUUAUUUUACUUCAAAUUGCCAUUAGAGAAAACUUUUCGCCGGUUUCACUGUGUCGAAUCUUGUUGAGCGUUGAAUUUGAAGGCAAACCAAAGUCCGUGACCAAUGAAAUGAUAAGAAAUCCACACCAGAUACCAGAUCCAUUGUUGGCGGCCAAUGUAUUGAAUUGUUUGCUCAAUGAUAAAUCGGAUGGACCAAUAACCGAUUUGAAACGACAAACAAUUGGCGAAGACUAUGAGAUUCGAUUGAAGAAAUUGGCAUCGGAUGCGGGUCUUAAUUUUCACGAUGAAGUUUACUUACGGCGAAAGGGAUACGAUAAGACGCCCGACUUAAAAUUGGCCGUUCCAUGUAUGUUUAGAGGUAAAAUCAUUAACUGGAUUGAAAGCAAAGCAUCAUUUGGUGACAUGGCCUCACAUCAACAAUAUAUUAAAGACCAAUUGUUAAGCUACGGAAACAGAUUUGGCAGUGGUAUCAUUAUUUAUUGGUUUGGAUAUUUAGAUCAAAUUGGUAGAUGCCCCGAGAACAAAGACUGUAUUAUUGUAACAGACGAUUUCCCGAAAAAAGACGAAUUAGUGUUGAUAAAUAAUCCUUUUGGACCGUUAUUAAGUAGUAAUAUUAGUAAUAUUACUAAUCUGUUGUAAAUAAAAAUAUUUUUCUACUUCACAAUA